AGGAAGUGCGGCGCCGCAGCAGGGUGCGGGCGGCGCGAUGGAAGCGCAGCGGCAUCGCGGCCUGUACAAGGCGACGGCGGCCCCGGCCUGGAGGGAGACCUACCGCCGGCGCUGCCUGGAGCGGCUGAAGAGCAGCCGGGCGCAGCUGCUGGACAGAUACCGCCGGGCCGGCGAACAUAGGCACGGCCGGGCGAGGGGCGCACUCCUGGCCCGGGAGGUGAUGGAGGAGGAGUGGCAGGCCUUGCGCUCGGCGGGGACUNACGGAAAGGAGGAGCUGUCACAGAUGUUGGAGGACCCUGAUGAAUUAGCCGUGCUGGAGGAAAUCCAACAAGAGCUGAUCUUUCAAGAACAGUUAACCAUAAGAGAAUAUGAACAGAGUUUGCAGUUUGAUGAAAAAUGUCUCAACGCAAUGCUUGAUGGCCUGGAUGCAGGGAGCAAGGUUAUCUGUCCCGUGUGUAAAAGCUGUCUCUGUCCAGGCACUCUAUGUCCUGUUUCUAGGAAUGACCUGACUGUGACGAGUCACUUGGUUUUAUGCCAGUGUGGAUUACACAUCUGCACAAAGGAUAUGACAGAACAGAAGCUCCGAUCACUUCUAGAAGACAGUUUAACAGAGCAUGGCCAUCACUGUCUUCACAAUCCUGAGUUUUCCAUUACUAGCGGAAUGGAGGAAGAAGCCAGCCUUCUCAUGAGCUGUCUGAUCUGCGAUUCCUGGACAGUCAUCCUGUAAUAGAUUCAGCUGGUCUUCAUGGACCAAACGUGCCAGCAAGGUAAACCAUUCUGAGGACUUCUUCAGGUGGAUGAUGCCUCAUACAUAUUUUUAAUGCAUAGAAUUGUGACUGAUACCUGACAAAGCACUGUUUCUUGGCUUAUGUUGCACUGCACUUUUGAUAAAAUAAAUAUUUUGAAAUAAGA